CCCACCCACUCCAGCUGCCCGGUCCUGCCCGCGCCGCUUCCUCGCAGCAGCCGCCCCUCCCACGGCCCGGCGGCCGCAGCCCGCGUGGACGCCCCGAGCGCCCCCCGACGGACGCCACCGGCCCACCGGCAGGCGGGCGAGCGGGCGGCCGCCGCGCCCGGCCGGCAGCGCGGGGGUUAAGUGGCCAAGUAAACGUAGCUCGGCGAUCGGCGCCGGAGAUUCGCUAGCCGAGCGCCCUGCGCGGCCGCCCGCCGGCCUCCCGCCAGCCUGUCCGGAUCCGCGGCUAGACCGCGGAGCCGCGCCCGAGCCAGGCUCUCGGCAGGAAACAAUGAAGGGAGACACCAGACAGCUCAACGGAGAGGAGGACGCCAGCAGGAGGGAAGACUCCAUCCUCACCAACGGGGGCUGCAGUGACCAGUCUUCCGACUCCAAGGACGCGCCCUCGCCCCCAAUCCUGGAGGCUAUCAGCAGCCCGGACAUCAGAGGCCGCCGCUCAAGCUCACGACUGUCUAAGAGGGAGGUCUCCAGCCUGCUAAGUUAUACUCAGGAUCUGACGGGCGAUGGAGAUGGCGAAGGGGAAGAUGGAGACGGCUCCGACACUCCAGUGAUGCCAAAACUCUUCCGUGAAACCAGGACUCGGCCAGAAAGCCCAGCUGUCCGAACUCGAAAUAACAACAGUACCUCCAGCCGGGAGAGGCACAGGCCCUCCCCACGUUCCACCCGAGGCCGGCAGGGCCGCAACCACGUGGAGGAGUCCCCCGUGGAAUUCUCAGCUACCAGGUCCCUGAGGCGGCGGACAGGAUCAUCUGCAGGUGCGCCAUGGCUGUCCCCUGCCAGCCCCUACCUCACUAUUGACCUCACAGAUGAUGAAGUGGUGCCCCAGAGCAGCAGUACGCCCUAUGCCCGCCUGGCCCAGGACAGCCAGCAGGAGAGCAUGGAGUCACCGCAGGUGGACGCAGAGGGCAGAGAUGCAGACAGCACUGAGUAUCAGGACGGGAAAGAGUUUGGAAUAGGGGAUCUCGUGUGGGGAAAGAUCAAGGGUUUCUCCUGGUGGCCUGCCAUGGUGGUGUCCUGGAAGGCCACCUCCAAGCGUCAGGCAAUGUCUGGCAUGCGGUGGGUUCAGUGGUUUGGCGACGGCAAGUUCUCCGAGAUACCAGCAGAUAAGUUGGUGGCCUUGGGGUUGUUCAGCCAGCACUUUAACCUGGCGACCUUCAAUAAGCUGGUCUCUUACAGGAAGGCCAUGUACCACGCUCUGGAGAAAGCCAGGAUGCGGGCUGGCAAAACCUUCCCCAGCAGCCCUGGAGACUCGCUGGAGGAUCAGCUGAAGCCCAUGUUGGAGUGGGCCCACGGGGGCUUUAAACCCACCGGGGUCGAGGGCCUCAAACCCAACAACAGGCAACCAGAGAACAAGACACGAAGACGCACAGCUGACGACUCCGCCACUUCUGACUACUGCCCCCCAGCCAAGCGCCUCAAGACAAAUUGUUAUAACAAUGGCAAAGACCGAGGAGAGGAGGACCAGAGUCGAGAGCAAAUGGCUUCAGAUGUUUCCAACAACAAGAGCAAUCUCGAAGAUAGCUGUUUGUCCUGUGGUAGGAAAAACCCCGUGUCCUUCCACCCUCUCUUUGAGGGUGGACUCUGCCAGACAUGCCGGGACCGGUUCCUUGAGCUGUUCUACAUGUACGACGACGACGGCUACCAGUCCUACUGCACCGUGUGCUGCGAGGGCCGCGAGCUGCUCCUUUGCAGCAACACGAGCUGCUGCCGGUGCUUCUGCGUGGAGUGCCUGGAGGUGCUGGUGGGCCCGGGCACGGCAGCGGACGCCAAGCUGCAGGAGCCCUGGAGCUGCUACAUGUGCCUGCCCCAGCGCUGCCAUGGCAUCCUGCGGCGCCGCAAGGACUGGAGUGUGCGCCUGCAGGCCUUCUUCACCAGCGACCCGGGGCUCGACUACGAAGCCCCCAAGUUAUACCCUGCGAUUCCCGCAAACCGAAGGCGACCCAUUCGAGUCUUGUCCCUGUUUGACGGAAUUGCGACAGGGUACUUGGUCCUCAAAGAAUUGGGCAUCAAAGUGGAGAAAUAUGUCGCCUCCGAAGUAUGUGAAGAGUCCAUCGCCGUUGGAACUGUUAAGCAUGAGGGCAAUAUCAAAUAUGUGAACGACGUCAGGAAUAUCACAAAGAAAAAUAUUGAAGAAUGGGGCCCCUUUGACUUGGUGAUUGGUGGAAGCCCAUGCAAUGAUCUCUCAAAUGUGAACCCUGCCAGGAAAGGCCUGUAUGAGGGCACAGGCCGGCUCUUCUUUGAGUUCUACCACCUGCUGAAUUACACACGCCCCAAGGAGGGUGAAGACCGGCCUUUCUUCUGGAUGUUUGAGAAUGUGGUGGCCAUGAAGGUUGGCGACAAGCGGGACAUCUCUCGGUUCCUGGAGUGUAAUCCAGUGAUGAUUGAUGCCAUCAAAGUGUCUGCUGCUCACAGAGCCCGAUACUUCUGGGGCAACCUGCCCGGGAUGAACAGGCCUGUGAUAGCAUCAAAGAAUGAUAAACUCGAGCUGCAGGACUGCCUGGAGUUCAAUAGGACAGCAAAGUUAAAGAAAGUACAGACAAUAACCACCAAGUCGAACUCGAUCAGACAGGGGAAAAACCAACUUUUCCCUGUUGUCAUGAAUGGCAAAGAAGAUGUUUUGUGGUGCACUGAGCUAGAAAGGAUCUUCGGCUUUCCCGUACACUACACAGAUGUGUCCAACAUGGGCCGUGUUGCCCGCCAGAAGCUGCUCGGGAGGUCCUGGAGUGUACCUGUCAUCCGACACCUCUUCGCCCCCUUGAAGGACUACUUUGCCUGUGAAUAGUACCCCAGGCACCAGGGCGUGUGGGCAGAGCCACGACCCAGGAGGUGCACCCAGGCUCUGCCCUUCCCAGCUCAGCUGUGUGGGGUCGGGCCGAGUACCUCGUCGGGAGCAGAGCUGCCUUGUCCCCUCCUGGCAGGGGGACCCCGAGGUGCCAUCUCCUUGUGCACAAUUCAGACCUGGCCGCUCGGAGCGGCCAGACACGGUGCUCAUUUUGUCUUCUAAAAUUUUAAAACUUGAAAUAGGUAGUAAGAUGGCUUUUUUUUCCCUCCUGGGUUUACCGCUCAGAGAAACGAUGGCUAAGAUACCAAAACCACAGUGCCGACAGCUCUCCGAUACUCAGGUUAAUGCUGAAAAAUCACCCAAGACAGUUACUGCAAGACUUUAAUUUUUUAAAUGUCUGCAGCUCCUUGUUUCCAGGAGUGUGUGGCAGUAGACAUGUAGCUAAGGGACCUUUUAAGGGCCUAGGAUGGUUUCUUCUAGGGCUAGCAGAAGAGGACAUGAUGUCCAUGUCUGUCUUGAAUUUUCCCCGGCACGUUCCCCUGGCCUCAGUAUAAAGGGCUGGGAUCCGGGGCCCAUUUAGAGUAUUUUCCACAAGGAUGGUGAUUUCAGCCGGGAUGACAUCAUCAUCACUUUCAGGGCUAUUUUUUUUCCCCAUAAACCCAAGGGCAGGGCUACCCUUAGCUAAAUCCCUCCCAGUGACUGCAAUAGACCCCUCUGGAAGCUCAGGAAGGGGUGGGCUGGGUUAUAAGCUGCCAUGUAUUGUGUAGACAGGUAUGGCUUCUCACUGUCUUCCCCCCUUCCCCGUGUGAGGGGGGAGAAGGAGAAGGCUUAGGUAAGAUGCCCCCCACCCAUCCCCCCACCCUCCAGACUACUACGCAGGCACAGGUCCCCAGAUUAGAAGUAUGACACCCCAAUUCCUUAGGCUUCUCUAAACUCAGCAGUGACAGCCAGGGGCAGAAGCACAUUCCUCGCACUUUCCCCUCAUCUAAGAGACUGCAGGGGGAAAACUGCAAUAAAAGCUCGACCCUCCCUCCAGAGAUUUUAAAGUCCUUUUUUAUUCCAUGAUAAAUCGAUAAAUCGUUUUUAGGGGGAGUGGGAGGUUGGACAAGCUGCAUUUCAGAAAUGCUGUCGUAAUGGUUUUUAACACCUUUUACUCUUCUUACUGGUGCUAUUUUGUAGACUAAGGAACAAUGUUGACAGGUUUUGUGGGAGGUUUUUUAUACACUUUUUUUUUUAAAUCUCAGACAUCUAUUUUUGUUUUAACAUUUUCAUAAUUUUUUUUUUUUUUUGUAACUGGAGCCAUGUAACAAAGUAUGGGGAAAAAUUGUGCCUUGUUUCAACAGUUUUGCUAAUUUUUAGGCUGAAAGAUGACAGAUGCCUAGAGUUUACCUUAUGUUGAAUUAAAAUCAGUAUUUCUCUAACA